AUGGGGUAUGAUGUGGAGCGCUUUGUGGGCUACGUGAACGAGGGUUUGUUAUGCUGCGUGUGUCGGGAUGUGUUGGAGGAUCCUCUGCAGGCUCCAUGUGAGCAUGCCUUUUGCAGCACCUGCAUCCAAGGUUGGCUAGUGCACCACCACAACUGCCCUGAGGAUCGACUGCCCCUCGACAUCACAAACCUGCGCCCACUUUAUAGGUACAUGCGGAAUGACUUAGCUAGACUUCAAGUGAGGUGUGUGUACCACUCACAAGGUUGUGAGGUUAUAUGUGCACUGGAGUCCAUACAUCGACAUGAACAGCAGUGUGACUUCGCUCUGUCUACCUGUAGCAAUGCUGGUUGUCCAGUACAGGUGUCUCAGAAUUUUCUGGAAGCGCACCUGUGUGUGUGCGAGUACCGCCGCAGAAUGUGUACAAACGGCUGUGGACACACGGUAACAAAAGCAGACGAGGCUCAGCACAACUGCAUCUCUGAACUGCGAGCUGAACUGGACAUGCUGAGGGUCGAGCUGGAUUGUAAGGUUGAGGAGGUCAGACGUGAGAUGGAAUCACGGCUGGAUUCUCAGAGAAGACACAUGGUGCAGAAAGAGAAUCAACUAAAGAGCGAAGUGGAUGAACUUAAGGCUCAGAUGUCCCACCUGAUGUCCGAUGUGUGUGUAUUACUGGGAGCAGAGCGAGCUCGCAGACAGGAACUGGAGAGGGCCGAACUUGAGAAAGCAGAGCUUCUAGAACAGCUGAAAAAGGACGGGCUUAGGCCAACGUCAGCCAAUCAGCCUGCAACAUUUCCAGCUGAGGGUUAUCGCAAGCAUAGCCCACACGGUCUUACUUUGGACUACCUUAAGAAGAAGAGCAAAGAGGUUACGGUCAUUUAA